AUGUUGACUUGUAUUGCUUGUUCGAAGCAGCUCGGCGGCGGAUCUCUUCCCGAACAGGAAGAAGAUGACACCGGCGCUACACCUCGCAGUAAGCCAGCCAUUAAAGCUCUCACAUCUCAGAUCAAGGAUAUGGCGGUAAAGGCAUCGGGAGCAUACAAGAACUGCAAGCCUUGCUCCGGAUCAUCAAAUCACAACCGGACUAAUGAUGGCUAUGCGGACUCUGAAGCUGGUUCAGGAUCCGAUAGAUUUCACUGUGGGUACCAAAGGACUUGUAAUUCUACACCUAGGGUUUGGGGAAAGGAAAUGGAGGCGAGGUUGAAGGGGCUUUCGAGUGGUGGGAGCACUCCGGCUUCAUACAGUGACAGAAUUGAAUCAGUUAAGUUCAUAGAGGAAGACGAGCUUAAAGAAUGGGUUGCUCAGGUCGAACCAGGGGUUCUCAUCACAUUCCAUUCAUUACCUCAAGGUGGCAACGAUCUAAAACGUAUUCGAUUCAGCAAAGAAGGUAGAAAAUACCACGCGCCUUCAGAGAGGGUGAGCGUGUGGGUAAUUGGGUAUGACGAAAUAGAGAUCUUUCCGAUCUUUUCAAGAAUGAACCCGCAACAAGUUGCACAGCCCAGAUCAUCUGCAAAUGGAUUUACUCGUAGAAGAGGUGAAAAAGAAACAGGGACUAGAGUGGACAAUAAAUCUCAGCCUGGAAAAUCACACUUCAACAGAGUGACAACUUCAGGGGGAGUUGAAAGCCCAUCACGGGAUCGCCUAGUUUAUAUAACAGCAUGCCUUAUUGGGCAUCAGGUGGAAGUCCAGGUCAUCGAUGGAACCGUGUUCUCUGGAAUCUUUCAUGCAACAAAUGCCGAAAAAGAUUUUGGAAUAAUCUUGAAAAUGGCCCGUGUAACAAAGGCUGGUUCAUCCCGAGGACAGAAAAACAUUUCAGAUUCUGUUCAAAAGCCCCCAUCUAAAACCUUAAUAAUACCCGCAAAAGAACUUGUGCAGAUUGUCGCUAAGAGUGUAUCUGUAACUAGAGAUGGGUUGAUGAAUGAGGUUCAGCAUGAGGAAAUGCAGGACAUUAUGAUAGAUUCCUCUAUUUCUCAAUCGCGGCAUGUUGACUUGGAAAGAGAGUUGGCACCUUGGGUCCCUGAUGAUGAUAAUCCAGAAUGCCCUGAAUUGGACAAUACAUUUGAUCGCCAUUGGAACAGGGGCUGGGAUCAAUUUGAAGCAAAUGCAGCGUUAUUUGGAGUAAAGAGUACCUUUAAUGAGGAGCUGUACACAACAAAGCUUGAUAGAGGUCCUCAAAUGAGAGAAUUAGAAAGGGAAGCAUUAAGAAUUGCCAGGGAAAUUGAGGGUGAGGACACCCAUGAUCUUCAUCUAGCCGAGGAAAGAGGCAUUCAUUUUAAUGAUAAGUUUGACCUGGAUGAAGAAACUAAAUAUUCAUCGGUUUUCCGCGGGGGGGUUGAUGAUAGUGGUUAUGAUGAAAGUGAGGACGUUUUUGAUUCACAAAAUAGUGAAACCUUUGGAGAUGUUGUGAAUGAAAAUGAGUUGUAUCCAUCUGGUCCUUUGGAUGUAGAGAUCAGGAUUCAAGAUAAUCAGACUAGUCAACAACAUCCGGAUACAGAGAAGCACAUGUUGUAUGAGCAAAGGCAAAGCCAUGGUUCAAAAUCUGAGGAGUCAAGUCUGUGGUCAAAUAAAGAAAAAGAAAGUGAAAGUGGUGAUAAGGGACUGAAUGCGACUGCAACUGCAUAUGCCCCUCCAUCUAAAUCUAAAUCUAAAUCUAAGUCUAAAGCUCAGGAGGAAAAGACAACUUCAACUUCAACUUCUACUUGUAGUCAAGUAUCAGAGGGUGUGAAGACACCACAACCUGGAGUUGCUACUUCUGCUUCUGCAUCAUCCGCUUCAGAAUCUGGAAAUGCUUCUCCUGCCCCUGCCCCUGGAUUAUCACCAACCUCAUCAAUGGGCUCUCUCACCUCUGAGAAAUCAACAUUGAACCCUCACGCAAAGGAAUUUAGACUGAACCCAAAUGCCAAGAGCUUUGUUCCAUCAGCAGCACCUGUAAGGGCGGCAUCUCCUCCGGUAUCUGAUGGGUCCUUCUACUACCCUCCACAUAUGCAUGGCAUGCCACUUGGCAUUGGUAUGGGAAUGGGACCCGCAUUUCCGGCCCAUCAGCCUGUUAUAUUUGGUCCGCAGGGAACACCUUUGCAAUCCCCCCAGACCUAUUUUCACUCAAAUGCUCCACAGUAUGGGCAGCAAAUGCUUGUUGGUCAACCAAGACAGGUGGUCUACAUGCCAACUUAUCCUCCAGAAAUGCCAUAUAAAGGAAGAGAGUUUUAGGUUGUUGAAUGGAAGGAUUUGAGAUGCUGAUGAAAAAGAAGAAGAAUAACAGAAUUUGGAAACAAGUGUUUGUUUGAUUUACUGAUGAAAGUAAGGAAGACAAGAAACAUAUGGAUUUGCACAAGGGAAAGGAAAAAGCAUAACCAUGCCUAACACCCGUUUGUUUCUUUGUUUCUUUGUCCUAGCAUGUCUGUCUCAUCCUCAGCCUUCUUUUCUUUUCGUUUCUUUUAUUUUCUCUUGUGGGUGAUUUUUUUUUUUUUUUUAGAUUGUG